CCGACCGUGGGGGGCGGGAAGCGCUUCGGGGCUGUGGUGCCCAUGUCGGCCUUAAGGCGCUCGGGCUACGGCCCCAGUGACGGUCCGUCUUAUGGCCGCUAUUAUGGGCCUGGGGGUGGAGAUAUGCCCGUGCACCCACCUCCACCCUUAUAUCCUCCUCGCUCUGAACCUCCUCAGCCUCCCAUUUCCUGGCGGGUGCGCGGGGGCGGCCCUGCUGAGACCACCUGGCCAGGAGAAGGCGGAGGAGGCGAUGGCUACUAUCCCUCUGGAGGCCCCUGGACGGAGCCGGGUCGAGCUGGAGGAAGCCACCAGGAACAGCCACCGUAUCCUAGCUACAAUUCUAACUACUGGAAUUCCUCUGCCCGACCUAGGGCUCCUUACCCGAGUACAUAUCCUGUAAGACCGGAAAUGCAAGGCCAGAGUUUGAAUUCUUAUACAAAUGGAGCAUAUGGUUCGCCAUACCCCACUGGCCCUGGGGCAAAUACUGCCUCAUAUUCUGGGGCUUAUUACACACCUGGAUAUACUCAGACCAGUUACCCGACAGAGGUUCCAAGCACUUACCGUUCACCUGGCAACAGCCCAACCCCAGUCUCUCGUUGGAUAUAUCCCCAGCCGGACUGCCAGACUGAAGCACCUCCUCUUAGGGGGCAGGUUUCAGGAUAUCCUGCUUCACAGAACCCUGGAGCGACCCUGCCCCAUUAUCCUUAUGGGAAUGGUAAUCGUAGUGUUCCACAACCAGGACCAUCUGUACGACCACAAGAGGACUCCUGGGCUUCUCCUGGUGCUUAUGGAAUGGGAACCCGUUACACCUGGCCUUCACCCGUGCCCUCAGCACCACCUGGGAAUCUCUACAUGAGUGAAAAUACUUCACCAUGGCCGAGCAGUGGCUCUCCUCAGCCACCUCCUUCACCGCCAUCCCAGCAGUCCAAGGUAGGAGACCUUCUAAACAUUGUUCUUUGGAUGUUUAGACCCCGUGCUGGCUCAGAGCAGAGGGCAGGCCGCCCGUCUGACCCGCAAGCCCGGCGCUGCGGCUCCCUGCCCGCAAGGAGGAGCCACAUCUCGCGUGAUUCCCUCCACAUCUCGCGACAUUUCCUGGCAGUUCCCUUCAGGCCGUUCUCGCUCCAUCCGACGCUUUCGUGUCGCGGUCCCAGACACCUCACCUUUGCUCUCGGCACCCUGGCCCGCUGCUCGCCCGCUGGGAGCGCGGUGGAGCCCAGUGUGGGCGCGAGCCUGGCGGAGCCGCACGCUCCGCCCCGCCCCGCCCCGCCUAGGCUCGGGGUAAAGGCCGCCGCGGGAUGUCGUGCCCCUCUCAGCGGGGGCAGAAGAGCGUGGAAGACAGCGGGACUGCCAGAGAGCGAAAUGUCAUCAGUGGAAUCACACCAGGAACAGGCCACCCAAUCAGAUCCAUCCCCAUCACCAAACUCAUGUAGUUCUUUUGAGCUAUUAGACAUGGAUGCUGGCAGUUUGUAUGAACCAGUUUCCCCUCAUUGGUUUUAUUGUAAAAUAAUAGAUUCUAAGGAGAUAUGGAUUCCUUUCAAUUCUGAGGAUUCACAGCAGCUGGAAAAGGCAUAUGGCUCUGGAAAAGAUUGUAAUGGGAGAGUUGUCCCCACUGAUGGGGGCCGAUAUGAUGUUCAUUUGGGGGAGAGGAUGCGGUAUGCUGUAUACUGGGAUGAGCUAGCAUCAGAAGUAAGACGAUGUACUUGGUUUUACAAGGGAGACAAAGAUAAUAAGUAUGUUCCCUAUUCGGAGAGCUUCAGCCAAGUAUUAGAGGAAACUUACAUGCUUGCUGUAACUCUGGAUGAAUGGAAAAAGAAACUGGAGUCUCCCAACAGAGAAAUUAUUAUAUUACACAAUCCAAAGCUUAUGGUACAUUACCAGCCAGUUGCAGGGUCUGAUGAAUGGGGUUCAACACCCACUGAGCAGGGUCGACCAAGAACAGUGAAAAGAGGAGUUGAGAACAUCUCUGUUGACAUUCAUUGUGGGGAACCUUUACAAAUAGACCACUUGGUUUUUGUAGUCCAUGGGAUUGGACCAGCUUGUGAUCUCCGCUUUCGAAGCAUUGUACAGUGUGUUAAUGAUUUUCGCAGUGUUUCCUUGAGCCUGCUACAAACACAUUUUAAGAAAGCCCAAGAAAAUCAGCAGAUUGGAAGGGUAGAAUUUCUUCCUGUCAACUGGCACAGUCCUUUGCAUUCUACUGGUGUGGAUGUAGAUUUGCAGCGAAUAACCCUGCCGAGCAUUAACCGCCUAAGGCACUUCACCAAUGACACAAUUCUGGAUGUCUUCUUCUACAAUAGCCCCACCUACUGUCAGACUAUUGUGGACACAGUUGCUUCUGAAAUGAACAGAAUAUAUACACUUUUUCUGCAGAGGAACCCUGAUUUCAAAGGGGGUGUAUCCAUUGCUGGUCAUAGUUUAGGUUCGCUUAUAUUGUUUGAUAUCCUAACAAAUCAGAAAGAUUCUUUGGGGGAUAUUGACAGUGAAAAGGAUUCGCCAAAUAUUGUUAUGGAUCAAGGAGACACACCAACGCUAGAGGAAGAGCUGAAGAAACUUCAACUCUCUGAAUUCUUUAGUAUCUUUGAGAAGGAGAAAGUAGAUAAGGAAGCUCUGGCUUUAUGUACAGACAAAGAUCUUCAGGAAAUGGGAAUUCCCUUAGGACCAAGAAAGAAGAUAUUAAACUACUUUAGGACCAGAAAACAUUCAAUGGGUAUUUCUAGACCAAGUCUGCAGUCAUCUUCAGGGGUGAAUAUGUGUAAUAUCCCCAAAGAAUCAGAGUUCUGCGGUAGUACUGAUGGUGCUGGAAAUGAUGACUAUCUAGAUGUUGGCAUUGGGCAGGUGUCUGUAAAAUACCCCCGGCUCAUCUAUAAACCAGAAAUAUUCUUUGCCUUUGGAUCUCCCAUUGGAAUGUUCCUUACUGUCCGAGGAUUAAAAAGAAUUGAUCCCAGCUACAAAUUUCCAACAUGCAAAGGUUUCUUCAAUAUUUAUCAUCCUUUUGAUCCUGUGGCCUAUAGGAUUGAACCAAUGGUGGUUCCAGGAGUGGAAUUUGAGCCAAUGCUGAUUCCACAUCAUAAAGGCAGGAAGCGGAUGCACUUAGAACUGAGAGAAGGGUGGACCAGGGUGAGUAUGGACCUUAAGAACAACUUGCUAGGUUCGCUGCGGAUGGCCUGGAAGUCUUUCACCAGAGCACAAUAUCCUGCCUUACAAGCUUCAGAGACUGCAGAAGAAGCUGAAGCAGAACCUGAACCAAGUUCAGAGAAGCCUAGUGAAGUUAACACAGAAGAGACCUCGGUGGUAGUCAAAGAAGAAGUCCCCCCCAUCAAUGUGGGAAUGCUGAAUGGAGGCCAGCGCAUUGACUAUGUGCUGCAGGAGAAGCCCAUUGAAAGUUUCAAUGAGUAUUUAUUUGCUUUACAAAGCCAUCUGUGUUACUGGGAGUCUGAAGAUACAGUAUUGCUGGUCCUCAAAGAAAUCUACCAAACCCAGGGUAUAUUCCUUGAUCAGCCUUUACAGUAAAAAUGAAUCAUCUAUGACUACUUAAUAUGGACAUUGAGGGGUCCUUCCCCAGAAAAUCCACCUGUUUGUUGCUGCAGUUCUCUCCUCAGCUGUGUCAUUUCUUGCAUGUUGCCUGCCACUUACCAUUGGGGUCUUUGGAAGAUAUCUUCUACUUGGGAAGUGAGUGGAAAAGCAAAGGAAGACACCCUAUUACUUUUUACCACUAGCUUUAUAUAAACACUUGCCAUUUUUUCCUUUGUAGCUGGGGGUGGUUUGCACCUUUAAUUCUUUGAUGAUAGUACUAUAGGUAUCACUUUAUUGCUUAUUACACAAGAUGGUAUAAAGUUGUUUUGAGUUCAAUAUGUUUUGGGUUGGUAGAAAUUUUUUCUAGGAAGUAAGUGUUCUAGUUUGGAAGCAGACUUGAGAUUCGGAAGGCAUUUGGGGUACACUCAUUUCUCAUUACUGUUCUCUGCAUUUGAAGGCUAAGUGUAAGUGGAUAUGGAAAAGAUUGUUGGGCAGUCAAAAUCUUUUGAGUCAUCUUUUCUUUCCUACAAGUCCUAUGUAAAGAAAAACGAAAAUGUAGCUUAAAGAGAGUAUUGUUUACUCUCUACAUCUGACUGACACAUUUAUUGCUAGGAAUCAUUGAUGCUGUUAAUUGGUUUUACAGCUGUUGGAGCUCCUCUGAGAGUCUAAAGUGGACAGUUUAGUUCACAUUAGGUAUGUCUUUAUAAAGCAAAGAUAUUAUACAUGCUGGACCCACCCUUUUAUAUCAUACUUCAAAUUGGGAGACUCUGGAUGAAGUUUGACUUAGUUGAUGGUAGCUUCUGUUCUUACAUUGAGGGUUAAGCUCUAAAGGCUGACAAACCUGAAAUUACACAGCUUUGACAGACUGCUUAGGUUAUAAAUAAAAUCUGUUAGUGGUGUAUUUAUGGUGCAAUAGAAUUUGUGUAAGUCACCUGCCACCUCUACUUGGGUGAAAGUAGUCUUGUGUAUUCUCUUUAAAAACACUCUGUAAACAUCACUGCCUUCUUAGGUACCCAUAAUCCAGAAUGCUUAUUUAAAAGGCUCCCGGCACAGGCAGUGUUGGUUGAGCACGUAGGUUUGGCUCAGGGGAAAUGUUUCUUAUUCUGAAAGAAAAAUUUAUGCCUGUAUGCCAAGUAACAGCUAUUGCAGUCAGUGUCAGAACAUGCAAAGUGAGAUGGACCUUGACAAAGACAGGUGAAUAGACUUAGUUUUUCCCAAGGCAUCUGCUCACUAUUGUGCUGUAGGUAUUUUCUUUCGCAUUGGUCAGUUGGUCAUUGUCUUUGCAGUUCUCUUUGUGAUACACUCCUCAGAUACCCACAGGCCAUUGUUUAUAGAGUGGCAUAGGCAGGCAAGCUAUGUUUUAUUACUUAUAAAUGUUUUUUGUAAAUGUAUCAUGGUACACAAAGCACUGGCAUUUAACAUUCACUUAUGCUAUCCCUUCGACAGCAGUGGUCUUUAUCCCUUUCUGGAGAGAAAAGGAAAGGGAAGGUUAUUUAUUGUCACCCCACAGAUAGUAGAGGAGGGGGUGGGGUAUAGGUCAAAGCCUGGCCGUUCCUUUCCUUGUCCGGCUGCUUAUAGACUAAUGAUAAAACGGUUCAGAUAUAUGGAAUACUUUCUUUCUUUACUACAUAAAUUCUGAGUUUGAAGUAAGGGUUACUGAGAAUUAAGUAGCAGGUAAUAUGUAUUAAAGGGAAAGUUUUUGUUCAGCUGUCUUCAAAUUUAAAUUCAUUCUUCCUAUUAGCAGACUUGUUACUAUUUAGGAGUAAACCAAAGGAUAAGCAAGAGUGAAUCCUUUUAACCAAAGAUGAACAGCAUCAUUUUGGAUAGCUAGAUAAGCCACUACUUAUACGAAGAAAUGUUUCUUUCCUGGUGGUGAGGGGCAGGUAACUGUAAAAGAGCUUUAUAUUUUAUCUAUUCACCUGUGGUAUUAUCAUGGCUGUAUAUUACAUAGGGUAAUAAGCUUGAUUUAAAUCCUUUAUUUAGUUGUAUAUUAUUUGCACUAUUUCAGUCGUAUCAUGUACAAUCUCUUGACCAAGGCUAUUUUUUAACUCCGGUAGAGUAUCAUUUUAUACAUAUUCCCAACUGCAGAAUUGGUAUUGUUUAUUUUAGCAAAAGAGAUUGUUUGCAUGGAAAAAUUAAUAGCACUGAUUAGCUUUCUAAUAUUUUGCACUUUUUGAAAUGUCUGUUUUUUUACGUGAUUAUAUUUAAAACUCUAGUAAAUACUGAAAUAAAACCAUAUUGACCCAUUGCCUA